GAGAAGCCCAAAAGAUCGCGGUGGAAUCGAAUCCCAAAAUUGAAGCAACGCCAUCAAGCCAUCAAUCAACCAACCAACAACACUCUGAGUGAGUGUCAUAGACCACCAAGAGAGAUAAGCAUUCUGAUAAGAAGCACUCUGAAACACAACAAUUAAUUAUUCAUAAAACUACGACCAUGACAGUUGCCCAACAACUCUUAUGCAAGGGUAGAUCCUCUCUUUCGCGUCAUUUUCUGCGAAACCGCCACUUUCUUCGACCGGGGGCGGCCGUGUUUUCUACCUAUGAGUCUCCUGAAUCUGUCAAAAAGUGGGAAACCUUGGCAGACAAAGAGCUCAGUCGAGCCAAGAAUGUCUCGGUCGAUACUUUACGAAAUGAUCGAAUUACUCCUGAAGGAAUCCAAAUUCAGCCUGUCUACUGGGAUCUGAACGAAACGGACCCAGAAAUGCCAGGUGUAUUCCCCUACACUCGUGGCCCCUAUGCUUCCAUGUACACCCAUCGUCCCUGGACCAUUCGUCAAUAUGCUGGAUUUUCCAGUGCGGAAGAAUCCAAUGCGUUCUACAGGGCCAACCUCGCAGCCGGGGUGCAGGGGCUGAGUGUGGCGUUUGAUCUACCCACUCAUCGUGGAUAUGAUAGUGAUCAUGACCGUGUCACCGGUGAUGUUGGAAUGGCAGGAGUUCCUGUCGAUACACUUCGGGACAUGGAAAUCCUUUUUGAUGGAAUUGACUUGACGGAUGUAUCUGUAUCCAUGACUAUGAAUGGUGCUGUCCUUCCCGUCAUGGCUUUCUAUGUCCAAGCCGCAUUGGAACAGAACCCGGAUAAGGAUCCUGCCGAAAUCAUGGCUUCACUCAAGGGUACCAUCCAAAAUGACAUUCUCAAGGAAUUCAUGGUCCGAAACACCUACAUUUACCCUCCUGAGCCCAGUAUUCGCAGAAUCAUUGCGGAUAUCAUGGGAUUCACGUCGGUUCACAUGCCAAAGUUCAACUCGCUUUCCAUCUCGGGAUACCACAUUCAAGAAGCCGGAGCAGAUGCUGCAUUGGAGCUUGCAUUUACCAUUGCGGAUGGAUUGGAGUACAUUCGUACCGCAGUGGAUGUAGCGGGGCUCGAUGUUGACUCUGUAGCUCCCAGGCUCUCGUUCUUUUGGGGGAUUGGGAUGAAUUUCUAUACCGAGAUUGCCAAGCUGCGGGCUGGGCGAAGGUUGUGGGCUACACUCGUCAAGGAGAAGUUCCAGCCCAAGAAGGAAAAGUCGUUGCUCUUGCGCACUCACUGCCAAACAUCUGGAUACUCGUUGACCGAAGCGCAGCCACAAAACAAUAUUAUCCGUACAACCAUUGAAGCCAUGGCUGCUGUCUUGGGAGGAACACAGAGUCUUCACACCAACUCCUACGAUGAAGCUUUGGCUCUUCCCACAGUCCAGUCGGCGCGUGUUGCAAGAAACACCCAGUUGAUUCUCCAAGAGGAGACUGGUAUUUGUGAUGUAGCAGAUCCGUUGGCUGGUAGCUAUUUCAUUGAGAGCCUGACCGACGAAAUAGCUGACAAGGCGUUGGAAAUCAUCCAAGAAGUGGAAGAGUAUGGUGGCAUGACCAAGUACAUCGACAGUGGAACGGCGAAGAUGAGGGUCGAAGAAAGUGCUACCCGAAAGCAGGGAAGGAUUGAUUCCAAGCAAGAAACAAUCGUCGGAGUCAACAAGUACCAGCUGGAUGGAGAUGCUGCCAAAGAGGAAAUGGUAGAGGUGUUACAAAUUGACAACGCAAAGGCUCGCAAGACGCAAGUAGCUCGCAUGAACGAAGUCAAGGCCAGCAGAGACGAGAAUCUGGUUCGGGAAGCACUGGACAAGCUGACGGCAAGUGCUAAGCUUACUACCACUACUAGCCUUGGCGAUAACCCCAACAAUCUCAUGAAGCUAGCGAUUGAUGCUGCUGCAGUUCGCUGCACCCUCGGCGAGAUUUCGGAAGCUCUCGAGGUGGCUUGGGGCCGUCAUGUGCCUACCUCUUCCGUCGUCCAAGGUGCCUACAACGCAUCCUAUAAUGCCAAAGGAAGCAGUGCCACAGAGUACGAGACCGUUUUGCAAGAGGUGCAAGCGUUCGAGGACUCUGAGGGAAGGCGACCUCGUAUCUUGGUAGCCAAGAUCGGUCAGGACGGCCAUGACCGCGGAGCAAAGGUUAUUGCCAGUGGAUUUUCCGACCUGGGCUUUGAUGUGGAUGUUGGCCCCCUGUUCCAGACCCCUGAGGAGGUUGCGAUCCAGGCUAUCGACUCUGAUGUUCAUGUCAUUGGUAUUUCCUCCCAGGCAGCUGCACACAAGACGUUGCUGCCAGCACUGAAAAAGGAAUUGGAGGAGAAGGGAGCCGGGUCGGUCCUUGUUGUUGCCGGUGGGGUCAUUCCACCUCAGGACUAUGAUUUCCUGAUGAAAGAAACACAGAGCUGCAGUGCUGUGUUUGGCCCAGGCACUCGUGUCACCGAUGCCGCAUUGCAAGUGUUGGGACUGAUUCCCAGGGAAUCCCAAGAUGGGCAAAGCACCGCUGCUUAG